GCUCCAUGCUCGAGGUCAACUACCCCAUGGAGAACGGCAUCGUCAGGAACUGGGACGACAUGAAGCACCUGUGGGACUACACCUUCGGGCCUGAGAAGCUCAACGUCGACUCCAGGAACUGCAAAAUCCUGCUCACCGAGCCGCCCAUGAACCCCACCAAGAACCGAGAGAAGAUCAUUGAGGUGAUGUUUGAGACGUAUCAGUUCUCAGGGGUCUACAUUGCUAUCCAGGCUGUGCUGACGCUCUACGCCCAAGGCCUGCUGACAGGUGUUGUGGUGGACUCUGGGGACGGUGUGACACACAUCUGUCCGGUGUACGAGGGCUUCAGCUUGCCCCAUCUGACACGACGCCUGGACAUCGCUGGGAGGGACAUAACCCGCUACCUCAUUAAGCUGUUGCUGCUGAGGGGCUAUGCGUUCAACCACUCUGCGGACUUUGAGACGGUGCGUAUGAUGAAGGAGAAGCUGUGCUACGUGGGUUACAACAUCGAACAGGAGCAGAAACUGGCUCUGGAGACCACCGUGCUGGUCGAGUCCUACCAGCUCCCAGACGGCAGGGUGAUCAAGGUGGGAGGGGAGCGUUUCGAGGCUCCAGAGGCUUUGUUCCAGCCCCAUCUCAUCAACGUAGAGGGAGUCGGGGUGGCAGAGCUGCUCUUCAACACUAUCCAUGCAGCAGACAUCGACACCAGGUCUGAGUUCUAUAAACACAUAGUGUUGUCAGGUGGGUCCACCAUGUAUCCAGGUCUUCCAUCUCGACUAGAGCGGGAGCUCAAACAGCUCUACCUGGAACGCGUGCUGAAAGGCCACGUGGACAAACUCUCGAAAUUUAAGAUCCGCAUCGAGGACCCGCCGCGGCGUAAGCACAUGGUGUUCCUGGGCGGGGCCGUGCUGGCGGACAUCAUGAAGGACAAAGAUCACUUCUGGCUGACCAGGGAGGAGUACCAGGAGAAAGGUGUCAGGGUGCUGGAGAAACUGGGAGUCACUGUCAGAUAAAGACCUCCACAAUGUUAAAGACCACACACACACACAUACAUACAUACAUACAUACAUACAUAUCCAUAUAUUCACCCAAACAUUGAAGAGUCAUCAUAGAGAAGCAUCUAGAAUGGUGUACGUGUAAAACACACAGACUCAACACGGUUUCCUCCCCCAUGGCAGACUAGAUCUCUAUGUAUCCUUCUUCCUCUUCUAAACAACAGAAUCACGGCAUCACCGUAGGGAGUGAUGACACCCUCCUCCUCUCCUCUGAUGGUCUAGUAUAGUUUAGCUCAGGGUUGGUAGUAGAGUUCAGGACAUCACUCCUCCAGCCCUCCUCUGAUGGUCUAGUAUAGUUUAGCUCAGGGUUGGAGGUAGAGUUCAGGACAUCACUCCUCUUGCUCUCCUCUGAUGGUCUAGUAUAGUUUAGCUCAGGGUUGGUAGUAGAGGUCAGGACAUCACUCCUCCAGCCCUCCUCUCCUCCUCUCCUCUGAUGGUCUAGUAUAGUUUAGCUCAGGGUUGGUAGUAGAGUUCAGGACAUCACUCCUCCAGCCCUCCUCUGAUGGUCUAGUAUAGUUUAGCUCAGGGUUGGUAGUAGAGUUCAGGACAUCACUCCUCCUCCUCUCCUCUGAUGGUCUAGUAUAGUUUAGCUCAGGGUUGGUAGUAGAGUUCAGGACAUCACUCCUCCAGCCCUCCUCUCCUCUGAUGGUCUAGUAUAGUUUAGCUCAGGGUUGGUAGUAGAGUUCAGGACAUCACUCCUCCAGCCCUCCUCCUCUCCUCUGAUGGUCUAGUAUAGUUUAGCUCAGGGUUGGUAGUAGAGUUCAGGACAUCACUCCUCCAGCCCUCCUCCUCUGAUGGUCUAGUAUAGUUUAGCUCAGGGUUGGUAGUAGAGUUCAGGACAUCACUCCUCCAGCCCUCCUCCUGUCCUCUGAUGGUCUAGUAUAGUUUAGCUCAGGGUUGGUAGUAGAGUUCAGGACAUCACUCCUCCUCCUCUCCUCUGAUGGUCUAGUAUAGUUUAGCUCAGGGUUGGUAGUAGAGUUCAGGACAUCACUCCUCCAGCCCUCCUCCUGUCCUCUGAUGGUCUAGUAUAGUUUAGCUCAGGGUUGGUAGUAGAGUUCAGGACAUCACUCCUCCUCCUCUCCUCUGAUGGUCUAGUAUAGUUUAGCUCAGGGUUGGUAGUAGAGUUCAGGACAUCACUCCUCCAGCCCUCCUCCUCUGAUGGUCUAGUAUAGUUUAGCUCAGGGUUGGUAGUAGAGUUCAGGACAUCACUCCUCCAGCUCUCCUCCUCUCCUCUGAUGGUCUAGUAUAGUUUAGCUCAGGGUUGGUAGUAGAGUUCAGGACAUCACUCCUCCAGCUCUCCUCUGAUGGUCUAGUAUAGUUUAGCUCAGGGUUGGUAGUAGAGUUCAGGACAUCACUCCUCCAGCCCUCCUCCUGUCCUCUGAUGGUCUAGUAUAGUUUAGCUCAGGGUUGGUAGUAGAGUUCAGGACAUCACUCCUCCAGCUCUCCUCUGAUGGUCUAGUAUAGUUUAGCUCAGGGUUGGUAGUAGAGUUCAGGACAUCACUCCUCCAGCUCUCCUCUGAUGGUCUAGUAUAGUUUAGCUCAGGGUUGGUAGUAGAGUUCAGGACAUCACUCCUCCUCCUGUCCUCUGAUGGUCUAGUAUAGUUUAGCUCAGGGUUGGUAGUAGAGGUCAGGACAUCACUCCUCCAGCCCUCCUCUCCUCCUCUCCUCUGAUGGUCUAGUAUAGUUUGGCUCAGGGUUGGUAGUAGAGUUCAGGACAUCACUCCUCCAGCUCUCCUCUGAUGGUCUAGUAUAGUUUAGCUCAGGGUUGGUAGUAGAGUUCAGGGUGAAUAUCAAGUCUCCUGAAGAAAGAUUUUCACAACACGGUGAAAGCACUAUGGUGGAAAGUUAGUCAAGAAGUCUUUUUCCAGACUGCUGUUUCUUUUCCAGACUAGUGCAGAUCAGGGUUGAGGUCAAUUUCAGUUUAGAUGUUUUUUUUUUAAAUUUUUUUAAAGAAAGUAAAAACUGAAUGGUCCCCAACCUUAAUGCAGAUGAGGAGACGAGGAGAACAACGUUAGACUAUUGAGACCCACCCCUUGAACAGUUAAACCUCUCCUUACCAAUCACUUCAAACUUCCCUGUUCUCUUCAUAAAUGAGUCGCUAGAAGCUGUCUCUAAUCGCUGAUGCAGGGUCAGAUGGUAUCAUAAAGGAGUUGCUAGAAGCUGUCCCUAAUCGCUGAUGCAGGGUCAGAUGGUAUCAUAACGGAGUCGCUAGAAGCUGUCCCUAAUCGCUGAUGCAGGGUCAGAUGGUAUCAUAAAGGAGUUGCUAGAAGCUGUCCCUAAUCGCUGAUGCAGGGUCAGAUGGUAUCAUAAAGGAGUUGCUAGAAGCUGUCCCUAAUCGCUGAUGCAGGGUCAGAUGGUAUCAUAACGGAGUAGCUAGAAGCUGUCCCUAAUCACUGAUGCAGGGUCAGAUGGUAUCAUAACGGAGUCGCUAGAAGCUGUCCCUAAUCGCUGAUGCAGGGUCAGAUGGUAUCUCAUUUCCCAAAUGGUUAAAGGGAUAGUAUGAGAUUUUGGCAAUUAAGACUUUUUGUUCUACUUACCCAGAGUCAGAUGAACUUGUGGACACCAAAAGAGGCUGAAAUUCCAGGCAGUCUUUUCAAACAGCUCUUACACUAAAAGGGCAUCAUCAAUCAUUUUAACAUUCUCACAGUAUUAUUCCAUCACAGUAUGGAAAUAGAAUAUAAUUUUAAAAAACAAAACAAGUAAAUCUAUUAUUUUUGACUGCACUGGUCCUUUAAGGUCAGGGUACGGUACGGGUUGACUGAUCCUAAAUCUGUGGUUAUUUAGAGGCAACCUACCAUACGUUUUGUAGGACGUCACAAUCAGGAUGCAUCUCAAACAGGCAUUGGCCAGUCCGGUAUACACACAAACCUAUUAUUCAUGGAGAACUGAUCAUGUUUUUAUAUGAUGUUUUGUAUAUCAUGAUUUAUUAAUUUCUCUUUUUGGGAGAGGGAUGUCUUGAUUCUUCUGUUGGAUAUAUACAGAUCCUCUUCACCUUAAUUUUUAUUUUAUUUUUUACAAUUUUAUUUUUUUGUGGUGCACGACCAUUUUAAAACGGAGCAUAUGUCAUAUGAAAAUUCCUCCUUGUUUUUAAUGAAGAAUUGAUGAUGAUGAUGAGGAUAGUGAAGAAGAUAAGGGACAUGACUCCCUGACCUUAGUGACGAUAGUGGGGUUCAAAGGUCGGGGGUUCAGGAGUGGGGUUGUGUGAGGGUCAUGAUAUAAAAACAACAACAACAUGGUUCAAUCUGAAAGUUGUACUUAUUAGGUCUGUUCCAGUCGAGCUGCACACAACAACCAAUGGUUAUACGUCAUGUCAUCGACUUCAGUUUAGUCAUGUCAUCGACUUCAGUUUAGCCACGUCAUCGACUUCAGUUUAGUCAUGUCAUCGACUUCAGUUUAGCCACGUCAUCGACUUCAGUUUAGUCAUGUCAUCGACUUCAGUUUAGCCACGUCAUCGACUUCAGUUUAGUCAUGUCAUCGACUUCAGUUUAGUCACGUCAUCGACUUCAGUUUAGUCACGUCAUCGACUUCAGUUUAGCCACGUCAUCGACUUCAGUUUAGUCAUGUCAUCGACUUCAGUUUAGCCACGUCAUCGACUUCAGUUUAGUCAUGUCAUCGACUUCAGUUUAGCCACGUCAUCGACUUCAGUUUAGUCAUGUCAUCGACUUCCCCGUCAGGUAUCAGAUUGCUACAUCCUCUGGUAUCUGUUUCCCAGACAAGGAUUUGUCCUGGACUAAACAUUCUCCAUGGAGAGUUUUCAUUGGAAUGCAUUUUGAAUCAGGUACCAGACUUAAUCUGUUCGGUUAACUGGACCUAGAUGUGGUCAGCUGAUAUGUUCAACACCUAUCCAGCCACUGAAGGGUUAAUCUGUCCGGUCAACUGGACCUAGAUGUGGUCAGCUGAUAUGUUCAACACCUAUCCAGCCACUGAAGGGUUAAUCUGUCCGGUCAACUGGACCUAGAUGUGGUCAGCUGAUAUGUUCAACACCUAUCCAGCCACUGAAGGGUUAAUCUGUCCGGUCAACUGGACCUAGAUGUGGUCAGCUGAUAUGUUCAACACCUAUCCAGCCACUGAAGGGUUAAUCUGUCCGGUCAACUGGACCUAGAUGUGGUCAGCUGAUAUGUUCAACACCUAUCCAGCCACUGAAGGGUUAAUCUGUCCGGUCAACUGGACCUAGAUGUGGUCAGCUGAUAUGUUCAACACCUAUCCAGCCACUGAAGGGUUAAUCUGUCCGGUCAACUGGACCUAGAUGUGGUCAGCUGAUAUGUUCAACACCUAUCCAGCCACUGAAGGGUUAAUCUGUCCGGUCAACUGGACCUAGAUGUGGUCAGCUGAUAUGUUCAACACCUAUCCAGCCACUGAAGCGUAAUCAGCCUGGAACAUGUCCUCUGAGACGUAGUAAAAAGCUGGUAUUUAAGUUCACUAGUCCGGCUCUCACCAUCACAACAUGAUGUAUGUUGGAGACACCACCCCCCCACACAAGCCUAAUAUAAUAUUUGUUGUUUUCAUAAAUGUUCUAUCCAGUGCCAAGAACAGUGAUUGUUAUCUGGAUCUUUCAUGUUUUUAUUUGACGUUUCUGUCUUGUCUUUUUAUUUUCUUAUUGUUCAUAGUGUAACUGCCUAACGUCGCUGAUUUUAAAUAAAGUAAAUUGAUUUAUAAGUAA